GCAACCAUUAGAUCAAACCACUUGUUGAAUUUCGCCUAGUUAUCCUUAUUGUUUAUUUAAUUACUACUGUGUGUGCGCGUGUGUGUAUGUUACCCGAUGUAAAGGUAUAUAGGGUAUACGUAUGUAUUUGUACAAAUUUUUUCGUGGUCAAGAGAGUACAUAAUAUAUGAAUAUGUACUUAUAGACUCAGAGUUGAUGAAUUAACAUAACUCCGUAUGCACACUACCAUUGAGAGAGUACAGUUUUGUUUUUUCAAUGUGCGCAUCUUGAAGCCAAUAAAUAAAACAAAGCAAUACCGGCCGGAUCGAUCCACUCGGGAUAUUUGUGAAUCCGAAAUAUCGAUCAUCAUCGGCAAAUAAGUUGAGAAGGAACAUGGCUUUUCUCAAAUCACUGUUUGUAGGAUUCUUUAGCGUUGCUGUCAUUCUUGCUGCAAUUGCUUUUAUUCCCGGAAUUCCUCCCGAUGCCACGUUCGAACAAUACAGCAUUGUUCCAGCUAGAGAACUACCCAAAAACUUGGCGCUCAACGAGAAGUUAAAUAAUGUUGAAAUUUUAUUCCAAGGCCAAGUUAAAGGUCCCGAAGCAUUUGCAUCUUAUGAUGGAGAACUUUAUACUUCUGCCCAAGGAGGUUACGUUCUUAGGAUAACUAACAAUGAACUUGUACCUGUUGUCAAGUUUGGACAAGAUUGCGAUGGAUUAUGGCAAGAAUCUAAAUGCGGUCGGCCUCUAGGACUUAAAUUUGACAAGAAGGGCAUUCUAUACGUAAACGACGCUUACUACGGAAUUUUCAAAGUUGAUGUGAAAACUGGGAAGUAUGAGCAACUUGUUGAUAGUAAAGAUCCCAUCGAAGGAAAGAGACCCAUGUUAAUUAAUUCAUUAGAUAUUGCUAGUAACGGUGACGUUUAUUGGUCAGAUUCUUGUUCUAAUUUUCAUCUUGAAGAUGGUAUUUAUUGUAUGAUUGCCAAUCCGUCUGGAAGAUUGAUUCGAUACAAUGCUGCAAACAAGAAAAAUCAAGUUCUUGUCCAUGAUUUGGGAUUUGCCAAUGGCGUCGCCUUAAGUGAAGAUGAAAGUUUUGUGAUUGUUUCAGAAACCUCAACAUCACGUAUUACUAAAUACAACUUGAAGGGUAGUAAUGCUGGUAAAAGUGAGAUCUUUGUAGAAGGUCUUCCAGGCAUGCCUGAUAAUAUACAUUCAGACACAAAAAAUGGAUAUUUGAUCAGUUUUGCAGCCUAUGCAGAUUCACAAAAUCCUAUACUGCCGCAGUUUCUGAUACCUUAUCCCAACCUCAGACGCUUGGCAGCAAGACUUCUCAUGUUGUUAGAAGCACCAUUCAAGUGCUUACAAUCAUACUAUCCAAAUUAUUUUACUGAGCAAUUUAUUCAUUUUGUGGGAGGAUUUGAAAGCAUUAUCUUCAUAGUUCCAAAUGUUGUUGUCGUUGCAAGAAUGAAUAAAAAUGGUGAGAUAAUAGAUGCAGCUUAUGGGACAAAUAGGAAAAUGAGUGGUAUUACUUCAGCUUAUAUACAUGAUGGAUUUUUAUGGCUUGGUUCUGAUCACGCAGAGUUCCUAGGUAGAGUACCUCUGCAACAAGUUUUUCCUGAUUUAAUUGCUCCAAAACUACAAAAUUACAAUGCAAAUACUAAAGAAUCCAAGACAGACAGUCCUCCAAAACCUAUGCCUACACAAAAAUCGGAUUCUGCAACAUCAUCUUCUAAAGUGAAAAAAUCAAAAUCUGCAAAAGCAGAUACAAAAAACCCUCAAUAAAAUAAUUUAUAUGCGUCAUUUUAUUCUUUGUGUUAACAACGAACACUUAUACAGAAAGUGAUUACACUUGUGAUUUAACUGUAAAUUGUUUUUGAAAAAAGCGUACUGUAAAAUAAUGAGAAUAUUUUUCAUUAAAAAAAUUUUUUUUUUAAUAAGUGUUAUAAAAUAAAUGGAUAUUAAAAAACUUUUUUUUUUUUAAAGCAGACUUCUUUACACUGUAUAGUAAGUGAUAACUUGAAAAAUUCCAAAUAUUAUUAAAAAAAAUUUUUUUUUUUUUUACAAACAUGAAGUAUUAAAAUCUAUU